AUGUUGAAACCUGCGCAGUAGGUUCACGCGCACUCUAGUUGUAUCUCUCCUCUAUGGUGUCUGAACGUCUCUACAGUUCACGGUUCUUAUCAGUUCUUAUACUGUGGUUCAAUUCAGUUCGUUCGUGAACGACACAUCCCCAGUAUUUUUCUCAUAAUACGAAUGGGAUUGAGUGGUUAAAGUACUGUAUCUUACACCUGUCUUAUACCGUGGUUUAAAUGUAAUAAGGCCUGACCUGCAACUUUGUGAUAGACCAUUCUAUAAUAUGGCAGUGUUUGGAAUUUCAGGCCAUUCAGAUGUGUAUGAUGAUCUUCGUAGCGUGGGUUGUUGUAAGAGAUGCUGCUUGAGGUAUAUGGGGGAAAGAACGCCGGAGGCUUAUCAAGAUGUGGAUGAAUGGGUGACAAAGAAAGGAUUGGAAGACAUUUCAUCAGAUGAUCCCAAGUCAAAGCAGAUGAAAUGUAACCCAUGUGUUGUGUGUAUGGGUUUACUUCAAGGAAUUAACACUGAAGACACUGUUAAGAAGAUUGUGACAUAUGUUAAUGCCAAAGGAUAUGAUAGUAAAAAUUUUUCAUGUGCAGUUUCCAUUCCCAUUGCAUUUCAACUUCGUGCCUACUCUUUAUGGUUCUACUUAGUUGAUAAAUUUCCCUUGCUAUUUCCAAAUGUGGAUGAGCAACAAGAAAAUGUUAUAACUACUAUUAAAGUUUGGAAAUGGACUCUAUGUCCAUUAAUUGCAAAAGAAAUAGGUAAAGAUUUUGAUUCUGGUGCUACUUGUGAUUUUUCUGUUGCAAUUGGUGUGCAUUAUCCAGAUGAUGAAGAAGAGUGUUCUUGUCUUCACAACUCCAUCUAUUUUGCGGGUUGUUACAAUAAAUUCUCCCGAUCACUCAGCCAAACACCUUGGGUCAUUGAAGGUGAAAGAAGAAUGGAAUCCUCAGUGCAGGAGAUUAUCUGUGGUAGCAUUGAGAAAGCUUGUCUAGCAGAUGGAUCAAAAUUUGUGUCAUCUGGAAGAGAAGAUGUAGAUGUGAGAAUGUUGGGUCGUGGGAGACCAUUUGCAUGUGAGGUAUUAAAUCCUCGCAAAGUAAAGUUUAGCCCAGAGGAAAUUCAAAUUCUUGAAGCUAAAAUUAACUGUUGUACAGAAGAUGUGGCCAUCCGACAUCUUCAGAUAAUUCCAAAGCUGACGGACGGACUGCCAGUGGAUUCUCUCCCUGGAGUUGGUAGAGAAAGAAGUCUAAGGAAAGGCUGGAAGCCAGCUUACCACUGGCUCCCAGCCGUAAACCUAAGUGCUCAAAAUUGUGAGCGAAAAAUUGCAAAUGAGGAAGACCUGCAUGAAGUUGGUGCCAUGAGUUCAGACAGAGAGGAUUUGCAUCAUUUGAAAGCGGGAGAAGAGGCAAAACGUAAGCGUUACAGUGCUCUCUGUAUGUCUUAUGACAAAGUCUCUCUGGAAUCUCUUGAAAACUUGGAAAGUAUUCAUGAAGUGGUAUUGUGCCAAAAAACGCCUAUUCGUGUACUUCAUAGACGCCCAUUGGCUGUUCGGAAUAGAACAGUGUAUUCAAUGAAGGCCACUCCAUUGGAUGACAUAGAUGGCUUUGAGAACAAGUCACUAUUCAAGUUGGAUAUUGUUGUACAGGCAGGCACAUACAUAAAGGAGUUUGUGCAUGGAGAUUUUGGACGUACAAAACCGAAUUUAGGUUUGCUCUUAGGUGGUGUUAAUAUAGACAUUUUAGCUUUGGAUGUUGAGGAAAUCAUGUUAGAUUGGCCACCGCCGACCGAGAUUGCUGUAAAAUAAUAUUCACAUAUGUUCUUGUUUUCACGGGCUGGAACUAAGUGGAAUAAGUUGAUUUUUCCAGGAAAAUUUAAUAUUUAUUUUAGUGCAGUAUCAAUUGGUUUUGAAGUGGACAGCUGUUGAUAAUAAUGAAAAUUACAUUUAAAUUUGUCUCUUGCCUGUAGAUUUUCCAUAUUAUUAUGAAAGUAUCCUUUUGAUUGUUAAAAUGUAAAUAUUGUUAUGAUCAAAAUUGUUGAAUACAAAGUGUAUGUUUUGUUUCUAUUUUUAAAAUAAAAUAAUUUAGAAAAAUCCUUAUUAUGUAACAAUUUUAUCUAACGAAUUUUAUCAUGACAAAUGUGUAACACUUUCCACUUUAUAAAAUACUUAAUUUCUUUAAUCAAUCAGAUGAAUGAUCUGUUACAUGACCAUCAUUAGGAUCUUAUGAAAUAACAAUUCAUACCAUUGAAUGAAUAACAUAAAAUCGCUGAAUAAAGACAUGCAAUUUAUAUACCUGUAUUAGUUACUUAUGAUUAAUAAACAGGAAGAUUGGGUGUAAAGAAAUACAUUACUAUAACACUGAAAUUGCAUUCAUCUUUAGUUUAAUUGGAAUACAAAAUUAUACCUUCUACUUAACUUGUUUUCUAGCUUUCUGAUUAUGAAACUUUUUAACAGCCACAAACGUUUUGGCAGUUAGGUUGUAAAUAACAAACAAAAAAAAAGGUGUUUAUCUUAUAAAAAAUAAAAGUAUAUGAAGAUUUGAAAGGUUUGGAGUAAUGACAAGAAAAAGCCACAGUAAUUCUCCUGCUUUUUGUAAUCUUUCAAAUCUUGAUUUUUGUGAAAAUGUGACUUUUUGUGAAGAUGAAACACACUUCAACCAAUUUCUGGAUACUAUUAACAUUUCAUAGUCACAGGAGACCUGCUGUGUCUAGUACAGUUAAUCUUGGUCCUUACCCAAACCUUUCAUAUCAGUUGAAGAACUAAAAGAUUAGGUGUUUGUUUAAUCAUAAUAUCUUUUCUUUCAAACAAAUUUUGAACUUCAAGUCCAGAGGAAGUAUUAAAUGUUAAUUAUCUAUAAUUUUGUAGUCAAUUUUUUACAUCAAGAAAUCUUAAAUUUUUGUAUUUAAUUUUUUCACAAAGAUAAUUGUUCGAACACUCUUGGAAAUAAAAUAUUUUUGUUUGGUUGGUUUAUUUUUAGGGUGCGGUAAAAGAAGAAAAUCACUAAUUCACUACAGAUUAUUAUCUAUGUAAUAAAUGCUACAUAGAUAAUAUAUUUAAGAAGCAUAUUCUAUAUCUAUGUAGUAUUUUGUUAUGGCUGUCCUUUGCUGCAGUAUUGGAAUUUUUAAGACUAAUUUCUCAUCACCAUAAACAACAUACAAGCCAAAAAUAUAGUCUAUUUACAAAAUUUUUGUUGUUUUAGACAUAUUUUUGUUUCAUUGAUAUUUACAACAAUUUGCCGUCAUUUCAUCCCUUUGCUCUCCCAAUAUAAUUGGUUCAUUUAGUUAUCUGUUACAGGUUUCUUUGGCACAUUGAAUUCACAGACAACUUUUUUCAAAAAGUUGUAAUUACAGAAAAAUACUUCAUUAUAUCACUAUCUCAAAAAUAAUUUUCUUGUUUACAUGUAAUUUUAAAAAUGAGAUAUAUAUGAGAAACAUUCAAUUAUUCUUUAUAUCCAUCAUCUGGAGUCAAUUUUUUUUUCAUUUUCUUAUACAUUAUACAUAGAUAUUACAAAUAAGUAGACAAAGAGGUUCACAGUUUUCUACAACAGACUGUGAUUAAUGUUAAGUCUAACAUCAAUGUUCAAACUAUGGUACAUAUUUACAAGAUUUAAAAACUCUUUCACAUUCUUAUUCUCUAGAUGAUAGCAUAAUUCAAUGUAAGUUUGUGGAGGUGUGUGUUUGAUUCAAUAUCACUAAAUACAAUUUCAGUCAAAGAGCCUAUGUGAACUAUUACAAAAAAUUAAUGUGCAGCUUGCAAGUAAUUUAAAAAUCCAAGUCAGUAUUCUAAAGAGAUCAGUUGGAGACAUAAUUAGGAAUAAAUAUGUGAUUAAAGGUUCUGUUAUCUAAGAGCAGUAUAUUUAUCAGCUAAAGAAUUAAGAUUUAUCUCACUAUUGAACCUAGUAAUUUCAUAUAAUUUAAAAAUAAAAAGAAUUUUCCAUAUUCGUAGUUAUUCACUUGUAUUAAAAAGAAAUAGAAAGACAGGCACACAAUGUCCAUGUUUCAAAUACAGCCCAACACUUUUCUUUUCUUUUCGUUACAUACAACUGUACUAAAUUGUAUCUUUUAUUAUUGUUAGUGGUACUUUUGAAAACUGGUGUUUGGAAUUACAUACACCUUUGUCACACAUAUUGCAAAACUAAAACUUGUGAUGUUUAAUAUAUAUUCGUAUUAAUUAGAAUCUAAAUUACACUUAGAUCAACAGCAUAUUGUUAGUAAUUUCUCCUAAAACAUCACAAUUUCAGAUCAUUUUUAUUGCUACCAUGAUUUUGAGUACUGAUUAUUAACCAUAAGUUUGAUUUUUGACACUGAAAAUUUGGAUAUGCUAUGUUUUUUAUGAUGUUGAACAUAAAGACUAUUUUGUAUGUGGUCAUUACAAAACUAACAAAUUAUUUAUAUUUAACUAUAUUGUUGGUUAAAAUACAUUGAGUGUAUAUAUUAGUGUCCUUAAAAAUUAAUAUUUACUAUUAAAAAUCUCCAUUAGUGUAACCCCUUAUUAACUUGAUUUAGUUUUUUUAACUGUUCUACUUGCAUUUCUGCUUCCAUUCUUGGUAAGUCAAUACGUAAUAAUGUUCUCUUGAAUGUGAGGAUAUGUUAUCAGCUUCAUGAAGACGUCUGACAAUGUACAUCUGCUAAUAUGUAUGUAGAUAACUAAAUAUUUGUACUAUUCUAAACAUGUAAAGUACAUCUAUAAGGAUUUAAAUUAUAUAUUCACUAUUAAUAAAAAAUUAUAUUUUAACAACAUUGUAGAACUUUCAAUGACAAAAUUUGCUUCAACAAAAGAAUGUAUCUAUAUUGUAUUAUCUCUUCCAAUAAGUUAGAAAUUAUCCAUUGCGAAAACUAUACCAGUUCUUAGAUUUCGUCCUCAUGCAAUCAUGCAACAUGCAGAAAGCUACAAAAAUAUGUGAACUUCUUUUAAGAUAUCACAAAAAUUACAUUGAAUGAGUUUUGAAUAAAUUCAAAUUCUCAAAGUUAUGUUUGGAAUGAUUCUUAUGUUGUCAGGUUGACUUGAAUUUUGAAUGGAGUCAUGGCAUCAUUGCAAGAUGUGAAAAUGAAAAAUAGUCUGUAGGAAUAUUAUGAGUUGUACCUAUUUCAUUCAUCAGCAUUCAGUUUGUCAAUAUCACUAAAAAGGAAUUAUUUACAAUACCUCUACACUUGUGAUUUUUUUCUUGUCAAUAUAGAAAACUAUUCUAAACUGUAUGCAGAUAACAUUGCCCACAAUAUGAUUGCUCAUAAAAAUUAUAAUUUUGCAGAAUACAACAUGCCUCAGAGUACUUAUCAAUAGUCUUAUGGAUUCAGUUCUGCAAGUAAGGUACAAAGAUAUAGCCAAAAGCUCUCUUAUUCAGUACAUCCUCAUCAUUCAUCCUGUGACAUACAUCCAGACAUUCUAGUCUUCAUAAUAAUCAACACUCUAACCUCAAGAAAAUUAUUAAAUGUAUAAUUUUAAAAUACUUAUAUACAGGUUGUUACCAGUGAUUUUUAAUAUCGAAAAUAAUCACAUGUAAAUUAACAAUAAUUUUACAUAUUUUACAGUCUUUAAAAAGAUGAGUUGAAGUUAUGAUCAUGUAUUUGUAGAGACAUAUGAUAUAAGAAUAAUGUUGGAAAAUUGACAUUACAAGGCAUUAAUUUCAACAUUGCAUCCUCAGUUUUCUGAAUAUGUUUAAAUGCCAUUUUACCAUUUACAUAUAUAAAAACUUAAAAAUAUUGAUUAUUCAUCUUUAUUUACAUCCAUCAAAUUAAUUAAAUUAUGAAUUUUAUGAAUCUGCCUCCCUUGUUUUGUAUUUCUUGAAAGCAGUGCUUUUCUCUUGUUGAAAUAUUUACAUUAUUUUGUAUUAAUGUCAGACUCGCAUUUAAAUGAACAUUAUAAUAUUUAUUUUCAACUUCUGAACUGAUAUUCGGGAUGAAAGAGUUGUUUAUUUGAGUGAAUAAAAUAUUCUGAGAAACAUAUGCCUAUGGAAUUAAUUGCAAAGAAAAAAGGCAAUUCAGCUGUAAUCACCUUUUUUAUAACUGUUGGUGCAUUAUUAAUGUAUCUUGUUUAGUUCAUCAAUGAAAACUCUGAAAUUAAUGAAAAUGAUAUGAAAAUUCAAGGUAAUGAGAUCUGAUGUUACCAGUACUUGAUGUUAUUCUGCCCACCUGGAGUGUAGUGUUGUAAAAAAAAUUAAAUGAUAGGAAGACAUCAUUAAGUAGUUAAAUGCUUUGAGGGCAGUGUGGGACUUUGGGUCAACCGAGGUGGCAAUUCAUGUAAUCGCCGUUCUUCUAUUAAAUUGUACAUAAUAUAACGAGGCAAGUCUAUUUUGUAGUAGUGACAUUGGGUACAUUACAAUAUACAUUGUUUAAAUAUUUGGAAGUUGUAUUUUUUAUUUUGCUUUAUUAAUAAAAUUUUGAAACUGGUUAACUUAUUGAUACUUUUUCUAUGCUUCUAUGAAAUUUAUCAUUCUGUGAUAUCUCUUUAAAAAUGGUGGCCUGACUUACUCUGCCUAACAUUACUGCUGACUGGGAUUUCAUUCUUCUAUCAGUAAAGUUGGAAUAAUAAUCACAAAGGUACAGAGAAAUCUACCUGUAGAUAUCUCAAUAUUAUUUUAAAUAUAAUUAAAAUACUAACAUCAUUGCUGACAAUUUACAUUGAUGAAAUUCCAUUAUUAAGAUUCACACACAGAGUUUUGAUAUUUUGGAAAAUUGUGUUACAAGAAUUAAUAACAAACAAUAAUUUAUUUCUUGAAAAUUAAUUUCGUAUUUUGAAAUCAAGAAAAUUGAAUAGCUGAGAACAAAAUGAAUUCAUUAUUAAGGGGCAUGUAAUCAGAACACAUCAUAGUAUCAUGCUAUAGAGUGCUUUCCAUUUAUUACUAUGAAGUCUAGUUAAAAUACCCAUUUCUCAGUUAAUAUCAGUCUAAUCAUCUUCAAAACCAUUUCACAUCGGUUUUAGUGUAAAAAGAGAUUUUUUAAGAAAUUCCCUGAAGAUUAAUGAACCCCACCCAAUAAGUAUUUAUUGAAACAAAGUAGAAAUUGUGAACAAAUCAUUAUCGUUUGUUAAUUUUCAAACAUAUGAAUAUAAAACUACGUAAAAGCACUGCUUAAAAGUACGGAGACAUAUUUUAAAAACCUACAGUACCUAAGACUUGUUUUAUAAUAAAUUAUAGUUCUUAGUAAGAGACAAUUGCCAUUGCAUUAUAAUAAAGGCAUAAGCAAUUUUGUUGAAAGAAGCCUAAAUUUUAGGCAUUUCAUCAAAAUAUGAAUAAAAUAUCUACUAAACUGUCACAAUCCUAAUACAAACUAGUGUAUUUGUACACAAUACUUUUCGGUUGGAAAAGAAUAAUGCUGGAAAUUGCCAUACAUCUGAUGAAUAUUUGAUGGUAAUUAAUUUAAAAAAGUAUUUUUGAAAAUUAUUUAGGACAAUUAUCUGUGCCCUUUGUAUACGCUAAUAAAUAAUCAGUUUUAUGAGGCAUAUGACAUGCAUUAGCUACAUUUUCAAAAAUUAUCAAAAUGCACUCUUAUUAUUAUUAUUAUUAUUUUAUCUGUCUGUACACAAAUGCAAGCAAUAUUGUAAAAGCAGACUUCUUUUAAAAGUUUUAAAUAUAUGAAAACAAAAUGGUCUUUAUUUUCCUUAUGUAUUAAGUUGAUAUCUGAUUGGGGAGGGACAAAUUUCUAUUAAAAUAUGGUAGAGAAAAUAUGUAUACAUUUAUGAUUGAUAAAAUCAUUAAAAAUAUAAACCUUAAAGUUCAAAAUAUAUCAUUUUUUUCAGAAAAUCCAUAGGUUUCUUUGGACUUGUCAGCAUAUUGUAGAAUUUGAGAUGGUAAAUUUCGAGUGUUUCACAAAAGUUGUACACUACGUUACUACGUUAUUUUAACACUCCACAUUGAUACAAAAGAAGUACACACUCCACCUGGGGACCUUGGCGUUGAGGGUGGAGCUAUGCCGGCGGUUAUUGGUAGUGCCUCCCUUGAGGGACAGGUCAAAGGAGAGGGGUCAGACAAAGUACUCCACAGGAGAACCUCAACACCAAGAAGAGAACUCCAGGGGGUAACCCCAGAAGAGAAUUAUGCAUAGAGAACCUUCGGCUUAGCGAAGAUUGCGAAGGGGCUCUGUAGCUUAGGAGAGGAAGGGCAGGCAAGGCUCUUCAGGCGGUGGGAAGCCAAGUCGAUUAGGGGAGCCAACCUCGAUGAAAAAUCCAGACCCUUUCCUAUUUGGAAGUGGUACAAAGGGCUGGUAACCCUUCCACGAACAAAAAUAUAGCUUCAAGCUAACUUAUCACGAAUUUGAUAAGAAAGUUAAGAGAUAAGUAAUAAAGGAUAUAUCCCCAUCUCAAUUUAAAUGUAGCUUUACUACACGCACGUUUUGUUGAAUUCUCCUUUUGCUUGUAAUGGUAAGAGUAGAGGUAAGGGCGAGUUGCUAUUUUGUUAGCAAUGUAGAAAAAUCAUACUAGCAAUUCAUGUACCAAUGCAAAU